GGUCGCACGCCGGAACCUGGAUUGCGCGGCCAUGGCGAAGACGAUGACGAAGGCGAUGGCGACGGCGAAGGCGACGAUGACGACGAAACGUUGGUCAAGAUGAAGAGUUUAUCGGCAAGUCCAGUCAAGGUCAAACGGGAAGUGGACGAUAUGAAGCGCGGCAGUGUGUUGGCGUCCAUGUCGCCCGAGGCCACAAGGAGAGACAAUUGUAAGCUUGACCUGAGAAACAAAAGACUCCUAAAACAAACUAAAUGCUAAAUGCCCUAGACAUCCGGUUUGCAGUUCGCGCAGACAUCCAGCAACGUACAGAACCCAUCGAGACUGCAAUUACUUUUGUGCGGUCAAAAGUGCGGGCUAUUACAAAGUCUUGGGCCAACAUCAUACUGGCAACGUUAGUUGCUUUACUUUCGGUGUCUACGAUUCGCUCGCUCUUCCAGCCAGCAUCACAGCGACCAGUACCGGACUUGGUCAAGGUCGCCGGAAUAGCGCGCUCGUUCGAGCCGCUGAUCUAUUACUCCGAGAAUGGCGUAUCACAAGUCGGUGAUCUGCAAGCUACCGGCGUUGCUGUCUGGGAUCUUGGCGAGAGUGUGCGCAGCUCUAAUAUGACGAGCGCACCACUCAUCGUGCGGUCUCUCGAUGAGUUAUCCGACUCACUCAAGACGCUGGCCAUCGAGCUCACCAAGUUCUUUGCAAACGUCGAUGGAGAUAUUGAUGGGAUACUAAUCGUCAUGGAUUGGGCAAGGCGGGAAUUGACACAGCUUCAGGGCCAACCAAGCCCGCCGCUAGCGACAGCCUGGGCCAACAUACACAACAUCCUAUGCGACGCCGGUCUGCUCGAAAACCCGACGACUGGCACGCCAACAAAAUUAGGGGCCAUCGCGACGACCGUGUUUGGCAUGAGUCAACCGCAGCGCACCCGCUCGACACUGCAGCGCACAUUCACGGAGUUUCUGGCGGUGCUUGAGGAAGCUAUCAACAACGAGCUGCAGCACAGUCUGGCACUCUUCGGGCUCUUCGAAGCCAUCGACCGCCAGUUCUUAAACCUUGCCCGCAUCGUAGUCCGUGAGUCAUCCCUGCAAGAAGACCGCCAUGCCGACGACCUGUCGAGUCUCUGGACUCGCAUCCUAGGCCCCAAGGCCAGCGAGGUCAACAAGUACGAACGCAACCGGCAGCUACUACGGAACGUGCGGGAGAAGACCGUGUUCAAUAAAGGCAUCCUGGUCGAGCACAACGGUAGGCUGCUGACCCUAAAGGCAAAUCUCGAGAGUUUGAGGAGGAAGCUCGUAUCGCCGCUGGUGAGGAGUGUGAACUCGAGCACCUUGAGCGUCACAGAGCAGGUCAGGGGAUUGGAAGACGUCGGGAUCUACCUCGAGGGCGUCCGGGCGAGACAGAAGGGCAAGCUCAUGGAAAUGCUCUACGGAAGCGUACGGCCAAACCAGCAGGUCGGCGGCGGACGAGCAGGGAUGAUCGACGAGGGCAGAUGGUAGUUCGUACGCAAGAGGUGGACACAUCUGCCCACGAUGCUAAGCG